GACUUGCCUUUGGGGCUGUAGAGGAAGCCCCAAUCAAGCAAUCCAGGUGAUAGCAUUAGGUUGCAGGAUUUGUCAUAAAAUAUUUAUUGUUCUUCUAGUGUAAGGAGGUAGUGCUGUAAAGGUAAGACAAGGCAUGUCCAGUAGCAAGGGUUGCCUGGUAGUGGUCUUAGGGAGGGAGCUUUGGACUUGUCAAGUCUUCCUCUUGCCCUUGAGUGCCUUGCUCUGCUCCUAAAUCACCCAGGCUGCUUCUGUCAUGACACUGUUGUGGGAUGGGAGUUGACACGGGUUUUUAGGGGGCAGACCCUAUCACUGAUGGACAGACUGGCCUCCCUGGAGGAUGUUAUUGAAAUUGUGGGUUAUCCCCCCGCCCUGCUCCUUCUCAGCAUCCCCUCCCCCCCCGCCUUCUCUUGUUUAGACUCAUCUGCGAUCAUGAUGUAACUUAGAACAGUCCAGUGUGAGUUCAUCUUUGGGGCCAGCUAGUGUCCUAGGAAUCCCAGGUGACUAAGAUCUAGGGCCCACUGAUUAGGGUAAUGAGGAGAUCAAGCAGUGGGGUUUCCUGCGCACAGGUCUAUAGGAGCAGCAUCAAAGGCAGGUUAACGGAUUGGGUUCUUUCCUUCCCUCUUCAGGUGUUGCAGAGCACCAUGGCUGAACAACUACUUCCUCAGGCUUUAUAUUUGAGCAACAUGCGGAAAGCUGUGAAGAUAAGAGAGAGAACCCCAGAAGAUAUUUUUAAGCCUACCAAUGGGAUCAUUCAUCACUUUAAAACCAUGCACCGCUACACGCUGGAAAUGUUCCGAACUUGUCAGUUUUGUCCACAGUUCCGGGAGAUCAUCCACAAAGCACUCAUUGACAGAAAUAUCCAGGCUUCACUGGAAAGCCAGAAGAAGCUUAACUGGUGUCGAGAAGUGCGAAAACUGGUGGCUCUGAAAACCAAUGGUGAUGGGAACUGCCUCAUGCAUGCUGCGUGCCAAUACAUGUGGGGUGUGCAAGACACGGACUUGGUCCUGAGGAAGGCACUCUUCAGCACGCUCAAGGAGACAGAUACGCGCAACUUCAAAUUCCGCUGGCAACUGGAAUCCCUAAAAUCCCAGGAAUUCGUGGAAACGGGGCUUUGCUACGACACUCGGAACUGGGAUGAUGAGUGGGACAGCCUCAUCAAAAUGGCCUCAACAGACACAGCAAUGGCCCGAGGUGGACUUCAGUACCACUCACUGGAAGAAAUACACAUAUUUGUCCUGUGCAACAUCCUCCGAAGGCCCAUCAUCGUCAUUUCAGACAAAAUGCUGAGAAGCUUGGAAUCAGGCUCCAAUUUUGCCCCUCUGAAAGUGGGCGGGAUUUAUUUGCCUCUCCACUGGCCCGCCCAGGAAUGCUACAGAUACCCCAUCGUGCUUGGCUACGACAGCCAACACUUUGUACCCCUGGUCACCCUAAAGGACAGCGGACCUGAAAUCCGAGCUGUUCCACUCGUUAACAGAGAACGAGGAAGAUUUGAAGACUUGAAGGUUCACUUUUUGACAGAUCCUGAAAACGACAUGAAGGAAAAGCUCUUGAAAGAGUACCUGAUGGUGAUGGAGAUCCCAGUGCAGGGCUGGGACCACGGCACAACUCAUCUAAUUAAUGCUGCCAAGUUGGAUGAAGCUAACUUGCCAAAGGAAAUCAAUCUGGUCGACGAUUACUUUGAACUUGUCCAGCAUGAGUACAAGAAAUGGCAGGAAAACAGUGACCAGGGGAGGAGGGAGGUGCAUGGCCAGAAGCCCUCGGAGCGCUCCAGACCACAGCUUUCCCUCAUGGAUGUAAAAUGUGAAACACCCAACUGUCCUUUCUUCAUGUCUGUGAACACACAGCCUCUGUGCCACGAAUGUUCUGAGAGGCGGGCAAAGAACCAUUGCAAACUCCCCCAGCAGUUCAACUGCAAGCCAGGCCCAGAGGGGCUCCCAGGCAUGGUGCUCGGGACCUCUCGGCGAGAGGCCUGUGAGUCCCUGGCUUUGCACCCCGAGGAGUCAGCUGGGGGACCCCGUUCAGCCCCACCGACAGCCCCCAGCCUUCUUCUGUUCAGCGAGACCACAGCUAUGAAGUGCAGGAGCCCUGGCUGCCCCUUCACCCUGAACGUGCAGCACAACGGAUUCUGCGAGCGUUGCCACACUGCCCGGCAGCUCAGCACUGCUGCGCACUCAGCCGGAGGCGACCAGAGGCAUUUAGACCCCGGUAAGUGCCGAGCAUGCCUCCAGGAUGUUACCAGGACGUUUAAUGGGAUCUGCAGUACUUGCUUCAAAAGGACUACAGCAGAGCCCUUCUUCAGUCUCAGUGCCAGCAUCCCUCCCUCCUGUCACCAGCGCUCCAAGUCAGAUCCCUCGCAGCUCAUCCAGAGUCUCUCCCCGCAUUCUUGCCGCAGAGCUGGGAACGAGGACCCUUCCUCCGGCUGCCUGCCCCCAGCUGCACGGACUCCUGCGGACAGGACCGGCACUAACAAGUGCAGAAAAGCCGGCUGCACGUAUUUUGGGACUCCAGAAAAUAAGGGCUUUUGCACGCUCUGUUUCAUCGAGUACAGAGAGAACAAACAUUUUGUGGCACCCUCGGGGAAAAGCAGCGCCACAGCCUCCAGGUUCCAGAACACCAUGCCCUGCCUAGGGAGGGAGUGUGGCACUCUUGGAAGCACCACGUUUGAAGGCUACUGUCAGAAGUGUUUCAUCGAAGCCCAGACUCAGAGAUUUCAUGAAGCAAAAAGAACCGAAGAGCAACUGAGAGCCAGUCAGCGCAGAGACGUGCCGCGCACCACCACACAGAGCAACUCCAGGCCCAAGUGUGCCCGCGCUUCCUGCAAGAACAUCCUGGCUUGCCGCAGCGAGGAACUCUGCAUGGAGUGCCAGCACCUCAGCCAGCGUGUGAGCCCAGGUGCCCACCGCGGGGAGCUCGCACCUGAGGAACCACCCAAGCAGCGCUGCCGGGCACCUGCCUGCGAUCACUUCGGCAAUGCCAAGUGUAACGGUUACUGCAAUGAGUGCUUUCAGUUCAAGCAGAUGUAUGGCUAACUAGAAGGGGGCUGGCCAGCCACCACCGCUGCCAAUGCCAAUGCCAACAUGGUGCUACACUCCAGGCCUCCAGAUCCCAUUGGAGGGGCAGUGCCUGUGACAGGGAGCUCAAGUGUAUGUUUGAGCAGGAGAGGAGAGGAGAGAGAAGCGCUUGGUCCUAGCCACAACGUGCUCGGGUUUGGAAGUCAGGGAAUAAUCCCAGGGGUCCCUACAAAGCAGAGUCCGGUGAUUGGCAAUACCCUAGGCCAAAAGGAGCUGGGGCUCCGCCCCCAAUCCCACCGCGCAGAAGGCUAGGAGCGUUUUUGGACUUGCACCGUGUGCUUUAAGACUGGAUGCUGCCCACCAGGGCUAUCUGAUCACCUAGGCAAGAAAAUGGAGUGGUCACGCAAGCAGGAAGGUCGAGAGAUCCAGAGAGAGCCAUGCCACCUGCACCUGCCCUGCCGCGUCUCAGAGGGGUGAAGCCAAUGCCUGGGGGUGCAAGGGUCCUCCUCCAGAAGCUCAGGGAAACGACUGCUGGGAAUGUGUCAGGAGUUCAUGGCAUCCCCAUCAGCCACGUGCCCUCCUUCUCUGCAAGCUAGUGACAGGAGGCCGGGGAGGACUGUGACCGAGCUGCUGGCACUGAUGCCAUUCCCUACAGAAUGAAAACAAGCUGCUCUUUACCAUAUGCACCUUUGACAAAGAACGUUUUAGGGAGAAAAAUGUGUAACUUUCUUGGUUUUCAUGGUCUGCUGGAGAGGUUGGCUUGAACCUGUGUGUGUGUCAAACUGUGUACAUUAAUAAUACACCCUUAUAUUAUGUAUGAGGGAUUUUUGUCUAUUAUUAUUAUUUUGAAUCAUUGCCCUAGAGGUGUAAGUCAGAAAACUGAAAAAUAAUAACCUAUUUUCUGGUUGUUGCUGGGGCACUACCUGUUGUACACAGCUUCUGUAUGCUUUUUUUUUUUUUUAGGGAGUAUCCCAGUUGUGUCUGUGUAGUCCACUUUAUUUAUUUUAUUACAGACAUUAAGGUUAUUUAAAUGAAGCCUUUUCUUGAACUCUGGAGAAAAUUCUGCAAUAUCUCCUUUAAGAUGACUAUUUUGCUUUGCUCAUGUUCUGGACUCGGCGACACAAGCCUCCUCCAUACCCCUCUGCUCACCACCUCACUUGGAAAGAAGGAAUUGUACCCACAGUGCGUCCACUAGAUUCUCAUGCCUCUUGCUGUGAUUUGAUAAGAAGGUGCCCUGUUCUGGACAGGUGCUUCUGAGUAUCCUACCUCCUUGGAGAUAACAUAGCAAGCAGUGGGGAUGAGAGAGGGAGGGUGUUCACAGGGCAGUGGUGACUUUCCAGCAUGGUUUCAUUGGCUGUGCUGACACAGUGUCCUGGGCUUCCUAGCAGGGACCUUGGGUCAAGCCUUCAGACGGAGAAACCCAGGCAGAAGCAAGGAGAAGAGCAGGUAUCUUUUUGCCAUUAGCCUACAGGUUCUCUGUGUGUUCUGUGUUGCUGUCAUUUUUAGUCAGAAAGGAAAAACGUAGGGGCACGUGUUUCCCCCAGUAGUAAAGGCUGCCAAUUUCUGGGUCUAGAGUCAUCACCUCAAUAUCUCUGUUAUCUAUAACUCUACAUAGCCUUUCGUUGUGUUAUGUGCUAUGCCCAUUCCCUGACGUGACUCUUUGUAAUUUCUUUCUAAAGAUGUCAAAUAAACCUCAAUGUUUUUAUUUAGUCCUUUCAAAGUCAGUAGACUAAUAUUUUGUGUCUAUCAACAUUUUCUUUCGUAAUGUGAAAAUGUGGAAUUAUUUAUACUUAUUAUAGAGAAUAUUUGAAAUUUGCACAUUUAGCUGUCCUUUAUACUUUGUUGGAUUUCUUCAUUUUUCCUAAAUAAAUGUAACUUUUCACAAGAGUCAAUAUUGCAGAAUAAAUUAUUUAAGAAUGAAUCUUGCUGUGUUCUGUUGAUGAGUGCUGAAAGAAAAAGACUCAAAUACUCAAACUGCUUUCCAAAAAACUGCAUUUUGAUGUAUCCUGGAACAACAAAUACUGUCAUCAUCCAUGGAAUAGUAAGGUUGCUUGUAAAAAAUAAUACAACUACAUGAGAAAUAGGGCUGUACUGUGACUUGGAAGUAGAGUCCCCU